AUGGAUUGGAAGAAGCGGCGUACGUUGGCAAGCGGCCAAGUGAAGAGGAACCCGGCCUUGGUCAAGCGCGACUCCUUCGAAACAGAGGUCUUGCUCUCCAAUGUGGCUGCCAUAGAGCAGAACACGCGCUAUGUGGAAGAGGACCUGAACAGGUGCUACCUCCUGGCAGAUCUGCAGAGCGAUGAGAAAUCUACUUCCAGCCUGGAGCGCAAACGGGCGCGUGAGGUGGAUGCGGCGUUGGGCCCGAAGAGCUCGGAAACGCCACGCUGCGACUUUAUUGUCGAUUUGCACAACACGACUGCGGCCACGGGUGUUGCUUUGCUGAUGGCUCCGGAUGAUGAGUUCGCUCAUGAAGUGGGUCAUUAUCUCAGCACGCUCGAUGACACAGUGAGGGUUGUGGAGUGGAAUGAUCAGCCGGAUUGGCCCCUUUGCCCUUCAGUCGGCCGCAGCGGGCUCACCUUCGAGGUGGGUCCCUGCCCCUGGGGCUGCUUAGAGCCAGAGCUCUUCCAGCGAUCCAGGAGGCUCGUUCUAGCUUUGCUGGACUAUGUGGACAAGCACAACAUGCUGAUUGCCAAGGGCAGCACGAAGAAGGAGCAGGUAUCCAUGCCCGUGUACCGGGCCAUUGGGAUCUCCAUGGACUACCCGCGGGCAGCAGAUGGAGAUCCCAAGGGUAUUGGAUUGUACGAUGCUGCGACCACUGCCAUGGAAAUGCUGAAUGGAUCAGCAGUUAAAGUAGAGUCAAAGGCUUCAGGGGACCUAUUUGCGGAAGUACGCUACGAAGCUGAAGGCCUUCAUAUUGUGGGCUCUGUGGCUAGAAAGUCAAGCAGUGAUGCCGAGGAUGAUGACGUGGGUGGCCCUGCCAUUCUCGUCCCAGUGGAGGAGGCUUCACAAGAUGCAGCGGUAGAAGCUGAAGCUGCAGCUGAGACAGUGCCGGAUGCAGUUGCCCAUGAGGAGGACGACGGGGCUGCCAGUGCUGAGAACAGCCACGACAAGGACGAGGUUGCCAUGGGUCCAGGACACUUUUCCGCAGAGGCUGCAUCCAGCAGGCUUGACGACAAGGAAGAGGAGGAGGCAGAGCACGCGGCACCGGCAGAAGCGGCUUCCACAAGCUUUGGUCCGGUUGUGAUGGGCAAACGGUCUGAGCCACACGUGGCUGCAACGACCUCUGCACAAGACGUGGAAUUAACGCCCGUGGCUCCCAACCUUGGUCCUGGUCCCUCUGAGAAAGCGCAGCGCCCCUCAAGCUCAAAAGCUCCGAGGCUAGAAAAGGGAGCCGACGCCUUGCAGGAAAGUAUGGCAGAUCUGCCCGCUGAAGCCCCAGCUGCAAAGGCAUCGUUUCCUUGUUUGCCGGCACAGCUGCCAUUCCAUUUCCGCUGGGAUGUGCCAUGCUUAAGGCUUGAGGGUGCUGAGCCGUGCCUCCCUUCAAGCUGGGAGCGAGCUAUCGGGCACAGGAUUGAGCGUGAAUGGCGUCGCUGCAGGAAGGAUCAGGAGCAGGCCUGGGUUUCAAAUGGAAGUUUGCCGUUUGAGGUGCAAAGGCUGGCUGCCAGCUUGGGAGCCUCCUCGGACUCAACAUUUGCUGGUGUCUGUGAACGGGCGCUCUCUGCGUGGUAUACAGGAGAGGCAGUGCAAUCACGACCACUAGUGCCUAUGAAAGUUCUGGGCCUCGAGAAGGCCCCGCGGAAGCCUUUGCAACAGCAGGACUUAGAAGCCGUGGCCGUGCUUGGCAGCAUGUGGUGCUACCUGACCUACGAUCUUAGCAGUGACCCGCUCCUCGCUGGACUGGGCUAUGCUGAUGUCAAACCCACGAGCUUCUCAACCUUAAUGUUUGUAUACAGCACCCAAGUUGCAGAUACUUCCGAAACCUACGAGCUACGUUUUGCACGCGUGGAUCACUUUGAUUUUGCGCUCUGCUUCCCACCAGCUCCUUAUCCCUCCUGCGGACUGCCAAUGCCAGAGGUUGACUUCGCAACAGUUCUUGGCUUGGACCCCCGUGCUGACAUGAGUACAUCGGAGGAAGGCAUGCUCCAAGCCCGAGCAGUACUUACAUGGCUUUUCUGGGACUGUUUUGAUGAGAUCUUCACGCCUAACUGGCCUAACUCUGCAGAGAUAAAGCUUCGUGACAAGCCAGCCAGGACACUGCUGCCUUUUGGCGUCCAUCGUCGCUUUGACAAGAAAUUAAAAGAUUGCACAGACCGGGCUGAAGCCCUUGGCUGCCUGCUUGCUACGAUGCGGGCCAAGCCGUUUCAACUGCCCUUCCGCUGCACAGUGACCCUCGAUGAGGCCCAGGCUCAUCGUGAGCAGCAUGGCGCGGGGCACACUCGGCUGGCUGCUGUAGAACUUGCAUUCCAGAAGGCAGCGAGCGAGUACAAUGAGAUGCUUGAUGGCGAAUGCCUCCCGAAGCAGUGGCUCAGCGUCCCGCAGGACCAGGAUCGGUGGCCUUUGCAGCUUGAGUCAGCAGAUGAAGGCUCCUCUCAGGAGGAUAUUCGGGAAGUGAAGGCGCUGCCCGCGUCAUGUCAGCUACCUUGCUCUUCCAAGAAGCUUGCGGUUGUGCACUGCAAAGGCAUCAUGCGGCUGACUGAGCUUCUUGGAGACCAGGAUGGUCAGGCCAAGUCAAGACGACGGCUCACUAGUACUUCUACCGCAGAUUUCACACCCAGGAAUGCAGCCUCCAGCACGGAGCCUGGCAGUAUCAUCCGUGUGGAGACUGAAGACAGGGAGAUGGACAUGACACUCGACCUUUCAAGGUGGGAGGAUGAGGGAGUGCUCACGGUUGGCGAUAUCAACAUCAACGAUCAUGCUCUCACAAGAGAGGUCCUUCUGGUCGUCGAGCAAAUGGAGGAGUGUGCUCACGUCGAGUCACGCCACGUCCUUCACUGCGGGGACCUGCAGCGAGAGAGUUUGAAGCACCAACUGUCGCAUUUGGCUCACGGCCUCCGGGCCAUGCAAAGGGCCUCCGUGAAACAUCAACUCCGGGGUGUUGGCCUGGCCGUCCUGGAGACAGAACGCGAGAAACCUCAGGAUGCGCUAAGGGCAUCAUCUUUGGCCUCCCGCGCUCUGAAAGCCAUCAAGAGGCAGCGAGGAUCGCAACUCCCAGAAGCUGUCGAGGCAGAAGCAUCGCAUCUUGCGUCCAGCGUCGCAUCUGCCUUGGAUGUUCAUGACGAAGACCGCCUAGGAAGGCAGAGUCGCCAACAAAUCAUGCUUGUUUCGGCACCUGAGGGGGUCCUGCGGAAGGAGGCAGAAGCUCGCAAAAUGCUGCGCAGAGUACUCCCAAGCAGAAACAACAAUGAGUUUCUUGGCGGCUUUACACCCUCCCAGUUCGAUCAGGGAGGUCCACUUCAGCUAUAUUGGGCUGAAACAUCCCAAAAACCAUACGAGUACCAGCCGUAUUUCUGCUCCGCAGUUCCAGAAGCUGACCCUUCCGCGCUGUUGUCUCCUUCUGAGCGAAAGUUUUUGGUCAAGCGCUUGGUAACCGACCCCUUGCUGGACAACAAGUUGCCCAGCCUGGCUGGCAGCCUCAUGGUUGGCGGCGCCAACAUGGACCCACGAGAGUUGCAAGCCGAUGGCAUCAUCGAAGGAGGUCUCGUCAACCUGCAAAGCUCCGCGGGGCUUUUGCAGCUAUGCAAUGGAUUCAUCUUCCCCUGGAGAUCCAGAGGAUGGCGUUACUUCAUCCCACUGCGCCGAUGCGAUACGGCACUGGUCCUGCGCCACUUCGGCCCGAAAACUGCAAGCUACUUUGAGUUCCUUGAAACCUACAGUAGCUUCUUGUUCAUAGCCUCCUUGUUCGGAAUAUUCGCAGAGUUGUCUGGGCCUCCAAAUGCUGAAGCAGCGUUUGCCUUUUGGAAGAUCAUUCGUCCCAGCUUUGGCAUUUGCAUGUGCAUUUGGGGUGCUUGCUUCUGCAUUUUCUGGCGGCGACGUGCUGCGCAGCUUGCCUUCAGCUGGGCAAACGGAUGGAUUGAGGAGGGUGAUGACUUGAGAAGCUCCAGCGCCAUCCAGGGGUUGGCACAGGUUCGCCCCGAGCUUGCAAGCCGCUGGCGCCAGAAUUUCGACAAAGCUGAUCUGUCAAAGCAAGAAGAGACGUUAGACGUGCUGCGCGCUGUGCUGCGAGCUCCAAGCUCCUCUGCUCAAUUUGGCAACCGUGCCUUGCGAUACGACAUAGCGCACUUCGAUGAGACGUGCUACCAGAGCAAGUAUGCACAGCUGUGGCGGUCGUUGUUUGCUUACUUGGCAAGUGGUUGUCUCAUAGUGCUUGCGUACGGGGCCACGUAUGGCACACUGGCAGCCAACUAUGUGUUAGGUCUUAGCAAUACAAUGCUUGGCUACAUGGUCAUGGGCUUCACAACCAGUGUUUUUGUUCCUCUCCUGAACACGCUGCACCAUGCAGUUGUACUCAUCACCAACGAGUACCAGCUUUUCCGCCAGGAUUGUGAUAAAGAACGCGACUUGCUUGACAGACUCUUUGUUUUUGCUUUGUUCAACACGUACAACAGUCUGCUGUGGAUUGCCUUUGCUGAGCGCAAUAUGGAGCAGCUUCGCAUCCAGGUGAUGUUUAUCAUGGUGUUCUCCCGAGCCAUCGUGAACAACAUGAUGGAGUUUUACUGGCUUCUAUGGAUGAAGCAGAUUCGCGAAUCUGCGUCUAACAUGCACUCAAGCAACUUACAGAAGACGAUCUGGCGUCGAAUGCUUGUCGUGUUGACUGGCGACUUCCAUGAUGAAGUAAGUGAUGCUGCUGGAAGUCUGCAAGGCCCUGAGGGUUGGAUGCUGGGCCAGCUCUCCGAUCAGCUAACACGAGACACCUCCUUCGAGCAGGCCAAGGAGACUAUCGAGCUGGUCAUCCAGUAUGGACUGGUCAUGAUGUUUACCCUCGCGUUCCCCUUGACACCUUUGAUUGCUUUGAUCGAUUGCAACAUUGAGAAGCGAUUGGAUGCUUUCAAGAUCGUUCGGCUGCAACGAUCUCCGGAGCCCCGGAUGGUUGUGGGCCUCGGCCAACCCUUUCGUGCCUUCGUUUUCGUUACUGCGCUGGGAUUGUUGGUCUCUGGCCUUAUGCUGUACUUCACCGAAUAUCCAGGCGAGCAGUGCGCGAGGUGCACGAUGUUUAGCAACUGCGGCAGCUGCGGCGGCACGGGCGUGGAUCUGAUUUUGCCGGAUGUCAGUGUGGAGCUGCGAUUGUUUCUUCUAUCGGCAGGCGAGCAUAUACUCUUGAUACUUAUGUCACCUCUAGCCCAGUGA